CCUCCAGAGGUCCGCGCGCAGCCGCUCGAGCGUCCCGUUUGCGGUUGCGCAAAAAUGUUAUUCGUACUGUAAACCCGGAUGUAACCAACGCCUAACCUGCCCCGAAAAAAACAUGCAGACUAUAAAAUGUGUUGUGGUAGGUGACGGUGCUGUAGGAAAAACAUGUCUACUGAUUUCCUACACAACAAACAAGUUUCCUUCAGAAUAUGUACCCACGGUCUUUGACAACUAUGCAGUGACUGUUAUGAUCGGGGGUGAGCCCUAUACACUUGGGCUUUUUGACACAGCAGGUCAAGAGGAUUAUGACAGAUUGCGACCCCUCAGCUACCCCCAGACGGACGUGUUUCUCGUCUGUUUCUCCGUCGUGUCCCCUUCAUCCUUUGAGAACGUCCGCGAGAAGUGGGUCCCUGAGAUCUCCCAUCAUUGUCCCCGCACCCCGUUCCUCCUGGUGGGCACCCAGGUGGAUCUGCGGGACGACAGCAACACCGUGGAGAAGCUGGCCAAGAACAAGCAGCGCCCCCUGUCCCCCGAGAGCGGAGACAAGCUGGCCCGCGACCUCCGCGCCGUCAAAUACGUGGAGUGCUCUGCUCUCACACAGCGAGGACUGAAGAAUGUGUUUGACGAGGCCAUCCUGGCCGCCCUGGAGCCACCAGAGACCAAGCCCAAGAAGCGCUGCAUGCUGCUCUAGAAGAGCAGCCACACACUGGGGAUGGAGGGAGAACCCAGGUGAAUACGAAAAACGAGAGAUACGGAUCAACGGCUUGUGGGGAGGGAGGGGAGAAAGGGACAGAACAAGAGAGCAGGGAUGACCUAAGCUGCGAUCAAUGUACACAGAUUGUGCCUUCAUAUUAUGUAUUGAAAGAGGCCGCGCGGGAGGGAGCCUGUGUUGUCCUCACACGGUCACCGCCGAGGGAUCACCGCGCUCCAAUCCUCCGCUUGUCUUCCUGCUUCUAGUAAUAGCAGUGUUACUCCUAUCGAUACCUGGGUGGGGCUGGCCCCCCCGCCUGACUCCUUUGCCCCUCUUUUUUAGGAAAUAUUUGUAUACAGUUGCAGCCAGCCUAUUGCCUGCUGUUUGUGUCCUAUUUUCCCUGUGUUUUUCUGCCUACUAUUAAGCCGAUUUUUUUUUUUUUCUUUCUACUUACAAUUAAGUUACGGAUAAGUUGCUUAGUAUGCAGUGCUUAUUUAGAUCCAACGAGCAACUUACUGUGGACUAAUGCUGUAGCUUCUUUUUUUUCCUGCCACUUUUGAUUGAUUGUACUAAGAAAUGUACAAGAGAUGUAUCGUCACUCCAAACCAGGCUAGCUGUUUCUUUCAUCCUCCAAGGGAAUUUUGGGAAGACCAAGUGCAUUGUCGCCAAUCUGCCUUUUUGCUGGUGACUUGAUUCGAAAUCAAUUAUAUUUUUUAUUUUUCUGUAUGUUAUAUUAAUUCUAUGUCGUUUUAUUCUUUCUUUUUUAAGGAGUCAUUUUAUUUUAUUUGGAACUUCUGCUAGUGUAUCAAUAUUUUGUGAUUGAUAAUAUAACAAGAUAUACUGUUCUAUUUUGACCAGAUCCUCAUCUUUAUAGAACUUCAAAUAAUUUUCUUAGAAACCUUUUGGGUGUUUGCAAUCAAAGAAUGUUUGUAAUAAAAUGAUUUGACUGAAAGGUG